AUGCCCGCUACACCAUCCAAGCCGGGCUCUUCGCCCAGGCCGAUAAUUUCAAUAGACGUUGAGAGCCAGACCAGGCCGGUGGGAACCCCUUAUCGGGGAGGCCACCACCCACGGCUGACGUACGAUGGAGACAUUGUCAAAAGUGCUCUUGAUGACUACUGCGGAGCGGGGCCCCUGAAUGGUGGGAUGAAGGUCACAUUCAAGGACCUGAACUACAGGGUGAGAAGCAACUCAAAGAGGGGUGACUGCAUCACUCUCCUACACAAAGUAUCUGGCUUCCUGCUUCCUGCUAAUCUUACAGCACUGAUGGGACCCAGUGGCAGCAGCAAGACCACGUUGCUCGAUGUGUUGGCUGGGAGGAAGACGGUGGGAACCAUCAGCGGCCAGGUCCUUUUCGCCGGGCAGCGAGCAUCGCGUACCUUCCUACGCAGAUAUACCGGCUAUGUGGAGCAGUUUGACGCGCUGAUCGAAAACCUGACGGUGUUUGAGAUGCUGCUGUACACUGCGGAGCUGAAACUGGACAUGCGCAUGAAAUUCUUGGACAAGUGCAAAAAGGUGCAGAAGGUGAUCGACCAGCUGGCGCUCAACACCUGCCGGGACACGCGCAUCGGCUCAGCACUCACGCGCGGAAUCUCAGGCGGCCAGGCCAAGCGGACCAACAUUGGAAUUGCAUUGGUGUCCGACCCGCGAGUGCUGUUCCUGGACGAGCCCACCUCAGGCCUGGACUCCUACACUGCCAACGAGGUGAUGACAGUGGUGAAGGGCCUGGUCAAGAACGGCAUCACCAUCUGCGCAACGAUUCAUUCCCCCACGCCCUACUGCUUCAACCUGUUCGACACCCUCAUGAUCCUGCUGCGCGGCCACGUCGUCUACUUUGGCGAGAACGGUCUCGCGGCCAUCAACUACUUUGAGAAUGCCUUCCCGGAGGUCAUCAAGUUCGGCUCCGGCGCUGGGCAUCCGGAGACAAUGCACAACAAGGCUGAGUGGAUCGUGGACCUGACUACCACGGCGGACCGAGGAGAACGGCACGAGGUAUUUGCAGAGAAGUACCAGGGCAGCGAUUUGAAGCGGGUCAAUGCGCGCGCGCUCUCGGCGCACAUGAGUGAGACCGGGGAGCUCUCCCCUGAAAUGCUGCGCGAACUGGGCACCAAGGCCGAGACCGCCAACCCCUGGUACUACGGCGUAUACACCCUUCUCAGGUACCGCAUGGGGCGAGACAUAGUGGACCUCAACUUCCUGGGCCCCCGCAUCAUGGACAAGUUUGUGCUCGCGCUCAUCAUCAUGAGCCUUUACUGGAAUGUGGGAGCAAACCAGGCGCCCUCCAAUGUGAACAACAUCACGGCGGUGCUCUUCCUGUGGACCAUCCUGCCCGGCUAUGCAGCCGCCUCCUACAUGCCCACCAUCGUCCUGGAGCGGCCUCUGUAUGUCAGGGAGAGAAACGAUGGGCUGUAUCGGCCAAUCACCUACCUUGUGGCCAAGAUGACCGAGGAGCUGACCAUCUUUUUCUUCCUCUCCCUGGUGCUCACCGUCAUCGUGUUUGCUCCCUGCAACCUCGGCGGCUCCUACAUCCUAUUCUGGCUGGUCAACUUUAUCACCACAGCCACGGGGAUUGCGCUGGGAUACUUCAUAGCGGCCAUCUCUCCCAACAUGGACAUGGCAAAUGCAGCGCUGCCGGCCUACGUGACGGUGCUGCUGUUCUUUGUGGGUCUGCUGCUGCGCAACCAAGACCAGCCAGUCUACUGGCGCUGGUUCUCCUACCUGGACUUCCUCAAGUAUGCCUGGGGCGCCCAGAUGAUCAACCAGUUUGAGGGGUCCAAGGCCAUGGCCCUGGACUUCCAAACGGUGUUGAAGUUCUACAAUCUGGAGGGGCAGAGCAAGUGGCUGAACCUGCUCUAUGAAACAUGCUUCCUCCUGCUCUUCCUCAUCUUGGCAUGGUUGCAAGAGCGACUAGGCGUCCUGGCUCCUCAGAGUGCCCCAGCCAGCACACCCGUGGCCUGGCACAGACAGACAGACCGCCUGGCUGUGAGCGAUGGCGCUGACAGGGUGCACGUAGGUGAGGCGAGCGCAGUAGCUUCCACAAGCGGACGAGCUGCCUCCCCUGCCGCCCUCCCUGGCAAGCUGGCCCUCUACCAUGACUUCCAGCACCAGGUGACAGCACUGGCAUGGAGGCCGCUCAGCAGCAAUACUCUGGCGGUGGGGUGUCGGCGGGGGGUGUGCCUGUGGAGCCUGGGAAAGUGCCCAGCUGGGGGCGCACCUGCCUGCAGGGCCACGGUGGCUGGCAGCAGCACAUCUGCUUGGCUCACCUUCCUGCGAACUCGGGGCCAGGGAUCGGUGACAACGCUGGCGUGGAGCCCAAAUGGUCAGCUGCUGGCGGCGGCAUCUCAGGAUGCACCGGGCUUUGUCAUCUUCGAUGUGACGAUGGGCACUCAGACGGCUGUUCAGGCCGGGCUGGCGGCAGUGUCGCUGCUGGAGUGGUCGCCGGACGGCUGCUACUUGCUGGCGGGCAGCGCAGAUGGCAGCUUCCGCAUCUGGGAGACCCAGAAGUGGACCAGUGCUGCCUGGAGCACACAGGCACGUCGAAUCUUAUUAUUUUUGUUUCCCUCCUGCUCCUGUGUCACCCCUUCCUGA